AUGGCUUACUGUCAAGUGGUUAUCUCGAAAGAGAUUCUGGAUGCUGUGUUACAAUUGGUUUCCACAUAUUCAAAUUAUAUAUCAAGAUAUGUGGACUAUUUGAACAACCUUAUCGCAGUCCAGCGUCGUGUGAGCACGCUACGUUUCGAAAGGAUGACAUUGAUCAAGUACGUUAAGAAACUACGGUUCAUGGCUGAUGUUUUACACAGCUGGUCGUUUGAAGGUGAGAAUGAUCUUAUUGGAAAACGGUUAAACGAAGUGAUCGAUCCAUUGGGAGCAUAUUUAAUCAAAGUGUUUGAAAUAUUAGACCUGUUGAACUUCUACAUUACACAGCCGAUGAGAGGCGAAACGAUCUCUAAGACUUUGAAUGAGGAUUUGGUCGUUAGUGAGGAGACCAUUGUUUGUAUCAAUGACAGCUACAGGAUAUAUAUCAAGGGAAUUCAAUGGUUAGUAGAAUCGAUCAGUGAAAGGAAUGGCAACUGUCCUCACCUGGCACUAGAGUUGAUUGAAUUCACUAGAAAAUGUGCCAUUGAAGAUGAGGUGGAUUUCACUGCUAGCGAAGAUAUCUUACUGCAAGACGUUGCCAUUGUGGAAGUAGAGGAAGAAUACGUUGACCUGUUGCAUGAUUGGUCUGCGAUCCUGGUGCAGAAACAAACAGAAAUGAAGGAGUUGUUCUCAGAGGACUCAAAGAGAUGGGCUUCAAUGACUAAACCGGUCAAGAAGUAG